AUGGAGGAUCUCAAUUUGACAGAGACCGAAAUGAGAUAUUUCGGUGACUUGUUUUUGUGUUGCGACGAGGAAUCCAAUGGAAAAAUACCGAUUUUAAAAGCCACGGAGCUGUUUAGGUCAUCAAACGUACCAAACGAUGUUUUACGGCAGAUCAUGGAUAUCAGCGUGGCUCCAAACAACUGUGCGACUCUCAAUCAUUUGAAUAGAAAACAAUUUUACUCUGCACUCAAAUUGAUAGCAGCUCAUCAGACUAAUAUAUCAUUAAAACCAGAACUUCUGUCUUUGCCUUUGGAUCUUCCGCUUCCACGAUUUACAUGGGCGCUUAAUUCUGAUCCUAGCGCAGAUCUAAUACAGUUAUCAAAUUCACCGAAAGAACAGUAUAUAUCUAAAAGAGAGAGAAAUUUUGGUGGCAAUCUUGGUGCAUAUGAGCCCAUUAGGUUAUCCUCGAAUUUAUCUGAUAGUGAUGUACCGCAAGCUUUGUCUCAUGAUGCUACUGAAGGAGUUAGCACAGAUUCAGAAAUAGAGUCUGAAACAAUGUCACAAAGAUCAGGUUCAUGUGGGAGGAGAGUUAAGACUGGAUCGCCAUGGAGUACCGCAAGUGAGAGUCCAACGCCGACCAACAGCGUAGCAGAACGGGUACACCCUGUGUGGGAGCACAGUGCAACAGGAAGAGGCGUGUGGCCAACCAACACAGCAGAAGAGCACACCCAACUGCUUGGCACGGAAGAGGAGUCGUCGGACAGACACUCGUCGGAAGAGGAGGGCGAGGCGGAAGCAGGCGACGACGUGUGGGCCAUCAGUGAGGUGCAGGCGAAUCACUACGCAGCCCAAUUUGCCCAAUUACGCCCCGAGCGUGGUUUGUUAUCUGGACAGACUGCCAGACUAUUCUUUGAAAAAUCACGCCUGUCGGUGCCGGAUCUUCGAAAAAUAUGGCAGUUAUCGGACAUCACCAAAGACGGAAUGCUAACCCUCGAAGAAUUCAGUAUAGCUAUGCAUCUUAUUGUACUAAGGCGGAACAAUAUUCCCGUUCCCGAUGUUCUCCCCGCCUGCCUGGUUCCCAAAGUGGACUCCCGCUUCUCCCAGCAGGCAGUCACCACGGAUCUAGUCGAUUUAGGCUCCGAUAUGUUCGGCUCUGGAACUUCAGCCGAUUUCAAUUUCGCCCCCAAACCAGAAACGAACGAUCCUUACGAAAGUAAACCCGCCAAGAAGCCAGAAGAUCUUCCACCGUCACUGACGCCUCCAAAACCAGAACCCCAAGUAAAUAAUAAGGAGUGGACAAAAUUCGUUGAUUCACCGACAUCUAGCGUAUCUAGUCCCGGUCCGAAACCGGUGAAUUUUGAUUUCCACAAAUCAGCUUUAGAAAGAGAUCCCAAAAUCUUCCAUCCCGUAGCUUUGAGGGUCACUCCAGACGCUAAUACCCUUCCAACUCACGGGGAAGGAGAUAUGCGUUCGAGUACGUCACCCAGAAAAGAUGAUUUCGCGCACGCCUUCGAACUCGCUAGUCCGAAACGCUUCAGUUCCCAACCCGCAGAACCUCAGAACGGGAACAAUCAAGAAAUCAAAUCCAUUCAGCGACCUCAGCCUAAGAAACCCGUUAAGAGUGCCGGCGUUCUACCCCCACCUCCCGCUCGGGAAUCCUCAGUCCAUCCGGAAGACGGCCCGCAAUCCCUACAGUACCCGCCUAAGAAAGAACCGCCUCCGCCUCCUCCUCCGCGACCGUUGAGGAACCACACACGCUCCAGUUCGUUAGACUUAAACCGUUUUAAGGGGGCCCCUGCACCCCCUCCCCAGCCCCCACCGAGGAUGUCGCCCUCGGCCACCUCGCCGCCCAACAGGCGACUUGUGAACCAAAGGAGCGAGGGCGAACCGACAUUCCCACCUGACGCGUUCGCUCCGCGCGAGUACGAAGGUGAAGGUUUCGGUUACAACAGGGAGGAUGCGCCCAAAAUGCACGGAGCGUUCGAAGUGUACCGGAAACCGUCCCGGGAGUCGUCCUGCGAGGCGGAUCCGGACAUAAAGUCGCUCCAAGAGCAAAACGCGGUGUUGCAUCGCGUGUGUCGCGCACUUUGCGCCGAAUUGGCGGACGUACAACGCGAGAGGGAAGCGUUGAAAGUGCGUCUAGAUGCGCACUCCACCCCCGUCUAG